AUGGGCAUAUCACCGCAAGUUGCUGAACCCAGCGUUCAGUCUGCCGCUACUACAUUCGGAAUUGAUGCCAUUAGAGAAAAACAGCACGAACAAUAUCUGCAAUCAGCAUAUAAAAUAAUAAAUAUAUUUAAGGACAAGUUAUUCAAGUUUUGGCUGCAAAUCGACUUUAUUUAUAGGCUAACUGGGUAUAAGAAGGUGGAAGAUCAAUUAGUGAAGAAUUUACAUUCAUUGACGAAAGCAGUUCUGGAAAAAAAAAGAAUUGCCAAAGAAAAUGAAGUUUUGCCCGAUACUAAAACAAAUACUAGCGGUUUAAAAUACAAAGCUUUCUUAGAUUUGCUGAUCGAUCUAUCAGCAGAUGGUGUUUUUACUGAAAAACAAAUAAGGGAACAAACUGAAAUAAUUCUCACAACUGGUUUUGAAACUACAUCCACACAGUUGACAUUCACCAUGUUACUGCUCGGAGCACAUCCUGAUGCACAAGAGAAACUAUAUCAAGAAUUAUUAGAAAUACUGGGUCCAGAAAGAGACGUAGGAAAGUAUGAUUUGAACAAAUUAAUUUACACAAACGCAGUUGUCAUGGAGUCUCUCAGAAUAUUUCCAAUCAUACCCUUUGUGCUAAGAUGCAUAGAUCAGGAUGUGAAACUAAAAAAUUACACGAUGAAUGCCGGCAGCUACUGCAUAAUAUUUCCACUGAUACCGAACGUAUCAGCCAAAGACAAGAAAGGGGAUCAGUUCAGGCCAGAAAGAUGGCUGAACGAUGAUUCGUGCAGCAGCCAAGACUUUGCUGCAUUCGGCUUGGGAAAACGUAGUUGUAUAGGAAAAACUUAUGCGAUGACAGCUAUGAAGGUGAUGUUGGCGCACUUCAUACGGCGGUACCGAGUGCGAGCUGACAUGAGUCAGCUGCAGCUGUCUGCGGACUUCGUGCUCAAACCUGUGUCGGGACACGAGAUCAGCAUUGAACGAAGACAUUCUUCUUCAGCUCUUUAAGGAAUGGAGGAUGUGGCUCUGGUGAUAGCUUCACCUGGUAUAUUCAUAGAUGACUUUGUGGUCAUGAUACAAUUUUUCUAAUUUUAUUACGGAACGUGUUUGGGUUUUUAUUUAUUAUCCGACUUCCCAAAAAGAAGGAGGUUUGUAUUUUUUUAUUACUUUAUAUUGAUAUUAGUUGCGACCAAAUAAA